UGGAGUGCGAGCUACAAAGGGAAUACGAGGCCAUGGAGUGCUCAUGCGCAUACUGUACUCAAUGUCAGGGCUUUUGAAAAUGGUUGUCGACAGCCAAUCUCUGCCUGAAGGGAGCAUCCUCGGCCCACAACGUUUGGACUACCAAAUCCCAACGAGGAGACAAGCAACAACGCUGGCCCAUGUGCAAGUGCAAACGCGGAGAUGGACAAGGUCUGGAGUGAAAUUGACGACAAAAGAGGCAGUCGGAAACGUCGCGGUGAGUAUGGCCACUACAGCGGAGAAAAGAGCGAAGAUGGCAAGAUUGAGACGGUUUGAUGAUGGCUGCACGUAACUUGAUCUGCACGUUGAGUCACAAGGAAGUAGACGCACUGAUUGUAGGAGUGACGAUCUGGAAAGUCGAUGAGGGUAGUCUGUUGCUGUACAAGAGUCCAGGAAACGAGCUCAGACUUCGUGCUUGUCGCAACGUCUGCCAUCACCAACAGGGCACGUUUAUCAAACUGGUCGACAUCGAAAAUCUCACUUUGUCUGGUUGUUCUGUUGUUCAAUGCACAAAGCAUGGAUGGAGACUGGAUAUGGCAUCUAUGGACUACAUCAACCCACCCGAUUGCUUCUCACAAGAUGAACUAAUCGUUGAAGUUGAUGAUGAUGGAAGAGUUUGUCUGUAUGAACCAGUCGUCCCGAUGCAACCGUGGGAAAAGGAAGCUCGUCCUGCACAGACCAUCCAUCCAGGAGAGGUAGCAGUCACCUACUUUACACACGCGUGUGUUGAGAUGAAUUUCAAUGGCACCAUUUUAUUCACUGAUCCUUGGCUGACUGGGCCUGCCUUUUCGAAAGGAUGGUGGCUGCUUCAUGAACCUCCAUCCGACUGGUUGGAUCGACUGUCUAAUGCAGACAUGAUCUACAUUAGUCAUAUCCAUCCUGACCAUUUGAGUUAUCCUACACUGAAGUUGCUGCAUAAACGCAAGCCUCACAUUCCCAUCUAUGUUGGCAACACGUCGACACUUCCAUUCUCCAAGCAACAUUGCUAUGGGAAAGAGACUUACAAUGUUAUUGUGUGUGAGUUAGGAGAGUGGCAGCAAGUGUCUGAUGAUCUCAGAUUUAUGAUUAUGCACGACGGGAUUCACGUUGAAAUGGACACAUGUUUGCUAGUUGACUACAAAGGCCACCUGAUCAUGAACACAGUGGAUUGCAGCAGGCCCAAUGACAACAUUCUUCCUAAAGAUGUCGAUCUUCUCAUGAGCGACUUUGCAGGAGGUGCAACAGGAUAUCCCGUAUCAUUUUAUGGUGGAUCCUAUACUGAGGAAUGGAAGGACAACUUUAUCAAAUCAGAAAGAGCGAAGGAAAUCAAUCGAAAAGUAGCUAUGGCAAAGAAAGUCAAUCCUUCUAUGUAUUUGCCAUUUGCUGGCUACUAUGUCGAAGCAUAUUCGUUUGACGAGUAUGUGAGAAAGAAAAACAAGAAGAAUAAUCCUGCUCAAGUAAUUGAUCGUCUCAAUAAAUACGCUCCAGAUGUUCGUACAUGGAAUCCUAAACCUGGAGCAUGGCUGGAUUUGGCUACAUUCACAGUAACUGAUCCUUCAGAAGGAACUCCAGUUUUCAAAACAAAGUGGAAUUUUGAGCCAUACAUCAAGCACAUUGAUAAAAACAUUUUGUUUGCUCCAUUUCAACAUCCUGACUGUCUGCGCUUCUACUUUGAAUGGGUUGGACUUAGAGACACCAACCUCGUUGUGAGAGUCAUUGAAACUGAUGAAGCAUUUGUAAAGAGUGAGAUUGGUUAUGACUUUUUAGUUGAUUUUCUGGACUUGUCUUUUCCUAAAGAAAGACCAUCUCGUCAGCAUGACUAUCUUGAGAUAAAGGCUCGUAUUGGUGUCUUCAGGGAGACAUUGAAGUUUGGCUAUUUAUGGGACAAUCUCUAUCUUGGAUUCCAAUGCAAGAUAUUGAGAGAUCCAGACAUAUUUCAUUUCAAUUUUUGGAACCACAUGCAACUGCUACUACCGUCGACACCUCCUGAUUGGACCAAAUUUUGGCUGGAGAAGGGAGGAAGAGUGGAAGAGCUGAACGGACCUGACUACAUGCUGCCCGAUUUGUUGUAAAACAGUAUAAAGCAUGCAGACAACUGCUGAAGUUUAGGUUUGCUGCUGUGCGUUGAAAUGAAGUGUUUGUUGUCGAUUAGCUGGUGUAAACAGAGUUCAUUCAGGUUGUCUUAUCAA